AACAGACAUCACUGUUAAGAUGUAUUUCAUCAGCACUUGAGGAUCACAAUCAGUCGGUAGCAAACUGUUUUCCGGGACUCAUGUCUUAAUUUUCGCUUCGUGACACAAAAAUCCCACAUAUUCUAAUUGUUCAGGAAGUUUUCAGUAUCCCAAAAAGCUAGUGAUCACCAAGUGAUAGCAUUAAUUUGAGCAUUGUAGUGAUUCCGUGAUAAGUUCUGCUGUGAAACAUUCUCAUGAUACUUGAGGAGUGCUAUACACGCAGAAAAUCCUUGCACGAGUGACUGGGAGCAAGAGGAAAAGUUUUCACCAUUAGACACGAUAAGGCGAACACGAUUGGAGCACACAAAUGGCGGAAGCUGAAGAUGCUGUCUUCGAUAGGAUCAUGGUCAUGGUUGGGGACAGGGGAGCUUUCCAGAAGCGCUUCAACUACCUCUUCAACGUUGGACAGAUUAUAUUCGCCUCGAUGGCCGCCAUGAACAUUAUCUUAGCCCUCAGUGUUCCAGAUCAUUUUUGCCAUGUGCCCGGUCGCGAAAAUACCAAUUUAACACUAGAAGAAUGGAAACGAAUAGUUCUGCCCAGGGAGUACGACAAUCGAGGAAUGGAGGUGCUGAGCUCAUGCAAGAUGUACAAUGUUACUGGUGCCGAUGUCCAAGAAAUCUGGACAAAUACCACGAAGCCGGAAGAGGUUUUCAAUGAGACAAUUAGCUGUGGCCAUGGUUACACCUACGAUAAGCAGUGGUAUGAGCGGACAGCGGUGACACAACAGGAUUGGGUAUGCGACAAGGAUCUUUAUGUCACAAAUACAUUUGUGUUCAAUCGUGUUGGAGAAGUUUUUGGGACGUUUAUCUUUGGUCAACUCGGAGACACAAUUGGACGACGAAUAAUCUACUACAUAAGUGUCAUACUCACUAUUUCUGGCCGAAUGCUGUCCAUUUUCACCUCAUCGUCCUUCGUUAUGUUCUCAAUAGCUUCAGUUUUGGGCAGCUGUGCAGCAAAUUCUGCCUUCCAGUCACCUCUAAUUAUCGCCAUGGAGAUGUCCAAUGAUGAAGCUCGAGCACAAAUUGCUAUGAUGCAGAAUGUUGGAUGGACAGUUGGUCUGUGCAUAAUGCCUUUGGUGUUCUGGUGGGUCAGAGACUGGGUGUGGUUCAUAGCGCUGACAACCGUGCCCUAUGGGAUAUUUGCGCUCUUCCCCAAGUACAUGAUAGAAUCUCCACGGUGGCUGGCCAACCGAGGCAGGUACAAGGAUAGCGCUAAGCAGCUCAAUAAAAUAGGCAAAAUCAAUCGGAAGGAUGUGGAGAUUACGGAGAAACUGCUGGUUCAGAUGCUACCGUCCACAGGUCAUGAGAAGGUUUAUGGCUUUGCAUCGCUAUUCUCUAGUUGGCGCCUAGCUAAAAAUGCUAGUCUCCUGGUGAUAUGCUGGUCAAUCUGUUGCAUCGUUUAUCUUUCGAUUAUUCUCAAUAUUUCACGCAUGGGUGGCAAUCCCUUCGUCAAUUUUCUGUGGCAGAGUUUCAUUGAGUUGCCAGCAUCGGUGAUUGGUCAAAAGAUGGGCGAUAUCAUCGGCAGGCGGUAUACCAAUGUAAUUGGUUUUCUCUUGGCUGCUCUCGGAUGCGUUCCAGUUAUCUUCAUGGUGAAAAAUACCGAAUUAGACUUGUAUGCAACAUCAUUCACGGUUUUUGUGAAAUUCGCCAUCACCAUCAAUUUUUUUGCUAUUAAUUUGCAAUCGAUGGAAACAUAUCCGACAUGCCUGAGGCAAACUGGAAUCUCUGUAAGUGCAAUUAUUGCCAAUGGUCUCGGAGUUCUAGGUCCAUACAUCGUCUAUCUGGGAACAAACUUCGAUGCCCGGUAUCCUUUUAUGAUAAUGGGAUUUAUUCUGCUGUUUGGAGCUGUGGCAAGUCUCUUCCUCCCUGAAACACUCUACGAAAAGCUACCGGAAACACUUCAAGAGGCCCAACAAUUUGGUGCCAAUCAAUCCUUCUGGUUCCUCCCAAAAGCACCACCUAAAAACAAAAAACCCACAUACGAAGAGACUCCUUCGAAGGCUGAUGGUACGACAGAGAAACUCAAUCAACCUCAAUUUGAACCCUAAAAAAAUUGUAUUAGUCUUGCAUAAUUUAGCUCGAAAUUUUUUAGAUUUUAUUUCCCAUUCAUUUUUUUUUAAUUUUCAAUAAAACACUGAAAAAAUCAGA